AUGGGGCAGUUCUCGGCCUCUGUGCACCCAGACUCCGGCCACGUCCUCCCCAUAAUCUUCAGACCACCAGCGUAUGUGUUGCUGGGCGCACCGCUGGUGGUGGCGACGCUGGUUCCACAUGCGACUGUUGCAUCCGCCUUUGUUUUCCAGCUUCCCCUCCAGACGUACAAUGCCGGAUUCACCCUGGCGAACGGGAACCGCUCCCAGCAGAAGUCCCAGCAUCCGCUCUACACUUCUGCCGCCGUUCUCUACCUCACCUGUCUGGGGGCAGCGCCCGUGCUCGCUAUGAAGAAGCUGGGGAUCCGCAGUCCGUCUGGCCACAGCGUCUUUGGUAGAAUCCUCCCACCCCCGCUGUACGCGCUGCUCGGAGGACUGAGCGUUGUAUUGAUGAGGUUUCCUGAAGUGGAUCAUGGGGUUCAGGUUGUGGAUCAAGAGGGAAACGUGGUCGGGGCUUCUCGGAACGCCGCACAAAAGGCCAUGAAAGAGACGGCGCUGUCCCGGUCGACUCUGUUCGGAGUCACAACGUUGGUUCCUUCCCUACUGAGGCGUUCUCCCCAUAUGCUGAGGAACCCACGUGUGUUCUCCUUGCUCAAACACCUGGCUGCUCUGGUCACCUUCGGGAUGAUGGUUCCUGUGUCCUUCGCCCUCUUCCCACAGAGAGGAUCGAUAAGACGAGAAGAUCUGGAGGAAGAACUGAAGGAGAAGACAACAGAAGCUACACUGUUCUAUAACCGGGGCUUGUGACCAGGGAGGACUUGGAAAUUAAAGUGGCCCUGAAAAAAAUAAAAUAAGUGGCCCCAUGUUG